GGGUAAAGAUGUGCUGUGUGCCACGUGGACCCGUCCAUUCCUGUUGACCGCCACUUGAUCUGGUCAAUGAUAGGCCUUCUUGCGAUCACUCCUUGAUCGUUGUGCGCCGGCUUUGCUCACUUCAGGGAGAUCAUCUGAAUGACUAGACCUUAGAGCGUCCUAGAUCAUGCCCCUGCCCAUUCUUGGACGGGUGGGAAACCGCAUCUCCCAUGCCUUGCACCAGCUCGUCUUCUCUUUCCCUUCACCCAAUUCCACCGAACAGGCAUUCAGCGAAGCGCACGAAACCAGCUCGGGAACGGCAGGCAAGAGCGAUCAUGCUACCGCUGCUCAGAUGAUGAAUUCUAUAGUCGAUGAGCCUGGCGAGACUAGAGCGUUGGCAGGUGGGAUCGGUCCGCUCAGCUUCGCCGGUAGUGGUUAUGGAGUAACCCUCGUCUUGAUGGCUAUACUACUGAACCGUAUUCAUCACAUUGUCAGACGGCCUCGGCUUCCUCCUCAACCUCUGCCUCAUCCACCCGUGCGCUCCCUGUAUCACAGACUCACAACGAAAAUCUCCCGCGCUCUCACAUCUCCCUCUGCACCCAAAUACUUACGCAUACCUGGCAUUUUCUGCCUGGUGAGAGCUUGGAUCUUAUUCUCCAUCCUCUUGCUACAAGUCGCGAAUCUGUGGCCGGUGGAUUCGACCGUCCUUCAUUCAGUGGCUGUGGGUCGACUACUGGCAAAACUUGGCCAAUGGGCGGGCAGUAUGUCCAUGGAGAAAGUCUGUUGGCAGGUCUUCCUCAGUGUCUGUGUCGGCUUGGUCUGUUCUGGAUUUGCCAAUGGUCUGGAUCGAACCAGACGGAGAGAUACAGGUGCCUCGUUCAACCUCUUUGGCUACAGCUUUCUUCUGCAUUUGUACUCCUCACCGCUCACCCAUCAUCGACCAAACCACAUGUCGACCUAUGGCAGACCCGAUGUGCAUGCAUUGUUUCAGCUAUGGUUGAGCCUGACUGAGCUCACCUGGCUUCAAGCCAUCGAGUUGACACCAGGCGGAAGGCGGAACCAGCUUGUUCCGACAGCUGUCUGUGGUGGUCUAGGAUUAGGUCACUUUGUGUUUGCCCUUUGGACAUCUCCUCUCAAGUUUCCUAGCUUUACAUUUCUGACACAUCUGAUGGCAUUGUUCCUGUCGAUCAUCAUCAUCUCUUCAGUUAUCGUCAAGGCGAUCACUCACCUUUUCACUCUCGGCUACUUGCCCUCACCCAUCUUUGCCAAUCUCUUGCCGCAUGAAGGAGUCAUGCCGUCUCUGGAAGAUGAUUUCGGCAUCGUCUUGUUGAAAUUAGGCACAGCCUGCCUGGAAGCAUCCCAGUUCUCAGGUUUGAGAAACGAGCUCAUCGCUGUGCAGGAACGUCAAGGACCAUGGGUCGAGCUUUCAACAGCCCGGAGCGAUGUAGUCAAGCCAUUGCGCAAUUCUGACGGUGGAUUCGGCACCGAGAUCAAUGACAUUGCCGUGGCGCAAAUCGAAGACCCAGCGAUGGAAAGCCGAUACUGGAGAGCGUCGCGAGCCUUUUGGAAAGUCCUCGGAUCGCGAUUGAUCGUUUUCGCCUGCGCGACUCUGAUGUCUACACCAGUCGGACGGAAGCUUUACGAUUGGAGUGUGAUUGCUUGGGACAGUCGAUGGUGGUACGGUCCUCGUCAAUGGCAGUUUUGGAGACGCCAAGCAUGGCGGGAACCAGCUAGGUUCUCCAGAAGGCGAGCGCUACGUAUACUGCAGGCGUACAACGACAGAAACAGACAGCUUCGGGCAGCUGCUCGAGCUGCUGAGGAUGCCGCGUCAUCCACAGCUGUGACAACGGCAUUGGAGGGAGCCCUAGACGACGAAACCCCUCCUCCUCUCCCAUGGCGACAAUACUUGAUGGGUCAGGAGAUCAUCGAAGAUGACGAUGAAGAUGAUUGGCAGGACGAUGCCAGCUCAACAUCCUCAUCUUCCGAAGCGAUGACCGAAGCGGGGCUGGAAGUUGACAUGCUUCGCGAUCUCGUUUCUCCCCCGGAUGAAGACCAGUCUGAGGAUACUCAAGCAGUCCUUCUGGCUCACCUGACAAACUCUUCAACUCCACUCACUCGAAGGCGAUUCGCAGCUAUUAUGGCUUCACCGACUCGUUCGCCUACGCCUUCGCGUCUUAAUGACAUCAUCGCCGAUAGACGUCACGCGACUGUCGCCAGAAACGACGACGACAAUGACGGAUGGGACGAUGACAGGCGGAGGAGUUGUGUCGUGUGUACCAUGGAGCCACGGAAUACCAUUCUCUGGCCUUGUCGGUGCUUGGCGUUGUGCAAUGAUUGUAGAGAGAGUCUCGCGGCGAGAUUACCAGCGAGGGAUCACCUGUGUCCGUGA